AUGGAGACCCUGCGUCUGUGGAAUACCAACAUUGAGCACCUCUUUUGGCGCAGCUGUGACAUGGUUGAUGGGAGCUACAGGCCUUUUUCUGACGAACGCAACGAUCGCAAGCCCGUCUUCGAGUACUUCCUCUUGAGGUGCCGCCAUCACAGGUCCGUAGAUGUCGUUUCAAAACAUCAGCGCGCUGGAAAGCUCCAUCGCACGAAUUGCAUUGGUAUGGCCGCUGUGAUGUAUGGGAACCGAUAUGGCGAAACAGGUGUUCACGUCGCUUAUACCGUUUGA